AAAGACUUGUGCCACUAUUCUUCACAACCAAGUCUAGGUUGACAGGUUAUAACUUGUACUUCGUAUUUCCUGCUUCAGGCAGCGUUUUCUUCCUUCAUUCUUUCGAAUUUCAGAUCAAUAUCAUUGAUGUGGAGCGACGGUGGUCGUUCACAUUGGCUGUCGAUCCUUAGUCUGUUCACUUUUGAUUUCCCCGACCAGUUUUUUCAUGAGGUUUCCGAAAGUUGAAGGAUGCUGUUACCUUCACCAAUCUGCCGAACUUAGUCGUGGAUCUUAUGAGCCCCUCACUUCUGGCUACAGAGUGAGUUUUAUGUCUCGUAGAACAUGAGAUUGUGAUGAGUCCUAUCAACUCAAAUUAUUGCUGCCUCAUUGGUAGAGGUGCUCAUGCUUUUUGACUCGCAUUCUGCACUUAACAAUGUUCGCUGCUUCAAUUCCAUGGUCCAAUUUCCGCCAUUCUUGAACUUCUCUACCUCAACAUCUCUGGAAGACACUUUCUUAAUGCCUCCUGUAUAUUGAGAAUUUUCCGGGUGCGUCUUUAAAUUCCCAUGCAUUCCGGACUACUAAACUUUUAACUACUUUUGUGUGAAGGUACACGUAAGCAAUUUUCUGCAAACAGCAAGUUUUACAUGCUCUGUAGCUCGCGUUUGAAUGCAGGCUGUAAAGGGGCCCCACGAAGCAGGGAAAGUGGAUGAUGUGUAAAUAUUUUUCAGGGCGUUUAGCGAGCUACACAUUGAGGGGAUAAAGAGGAUUGGUUUGCAGGAUUCGUUUUAAAACGCUUCUCUGCUCUUGAUUGACAAAAUUUCACCUGGUUGGCAAUCAUCAACGGGCUGCAUAAAGACCUUAUUGGCUGUGAAUUGUUGAGCACCAGAAGUAGGUCGCUAUCAAGGAGAUUAAAAGGUGGAAUGAAGAGCAAUAAUGCAAGCCUCUGUUACGACUGUGAGUUUGCCACUGCAAGACAUCGUGGAAAUUCAGAACUGUGCAAGGACACAGACAAGAGAGACACAACUUCAAAGAAGCGAAAUGACAAUAAGGAAAAUCUUUCCGAUUAUCGAAGGGUUCUUCUAUCCAUUACUGUGGAGAUCCAAGAUGAAUGUGUAGAACAUAUCCACUUUAAGGAAGGAGAUUCUGCUGAAGUAAUGGCCAUAAAGUUCUGUGAAAAGCAUUGUCUUCCAGAACAAUUCGUUGCACCUCUUGCAGAACAAAUUGUCAGCAACAUUAUUCCUGUAAGCAAGUACAGUGACUUCGUGUUCUACCCUCAAGAGAAUCGCUUAUCAAAUGACGAGAAUUCGACAUUGCACAGUGGCUCUUCACAAAGCCCUUUAGUGAAUGGCUCUGAUGGUGAUGCAUUGCACAAUCACCGAGAUUGCUCAGGUCGACAGAACGUGAUAUCGGAGUCUAAUGCCUGGCUUGGAAGUCGUGAGGUUCGGACACCUAUGUUGUUUCAGGCAUCACAGAGAGUAAACAGUUAUCAAGGUCAAGGUCAAGGUUGCCAAAUUUCAUGCGAAGGCAAGCCAAGAAGGAAAUCCAGGCGUAAGAAAUGGAGUUUCUCGGACCACGUAAUCGCUCAAACAUUCGCAAGCUUAGCGAAAAAAGGAGCAUACGAUCAUUAUCAGAGGAAACCGGAACGUCUAGCUCAGCCUCUAUCCGAACAGGCGAAAGCUGUAUGUAUGCGGCUCAAUAUUGGAAGAUUAAGGCACAAACAUACCAGAUGUUGGGAUGAGGCAAAAUGCAGAAAGACUUCAUACCAAGAGCAUGUUGUGAGGAAACAGGGCAUUUCCAAGAAAUCCCGGAGGAUAAUGUGGGUGUGUGGAAGAAGAGCCAAACAAUACAAGAAUUAUGGAGAGCUUUUGUAUGCUAAAGGUGUCACGAUGAGGCAGAAUCACCUCAAGGCAGUGUAUGACAAGAAAAAGCAGAAUGAAAGGAGGGAAGCGGCUGAACUCACAUUGAAGCCUAAUAUCAGCAAACGAGCAAGAAACAUGAGAAGGGGAAGAGGCCAAGUUUGGAGUAGACUUCAGAGUGAUGACCGACCAAAGCAGGACCAACUGCAAGAACUUAGACAAAUGGCAUGGGAGGCCAAGCUUAUGGAAUGCACUUUCAAACCUCAAAUCAACCAGAGAUAUAAAGAUAGUCAGGACCAAUAUGCCGAUGACCAUAGGAAUUGUUUCGAACAGCUCUUUUUGGAUGCCGAGUGCCGCAGGCGCCGACGAGAUCAAUGCACGCAGUGGUGUCCCGAGGGAUUGACAUUCCAACCGUCUAUCAACAAAAGCCUUCCAUAUAGAACCUCGAUGAUGGGCGAGGAUUGGAAAUCGGAAUGCUCUGUCUUCCGGAGGCUUCUCGACAAUGCUUCAAGAGUAACGAAGAAGAAGGAAGCGCAGCAGCAAUGGUCACAUAGGCCUUUUGAUCAGAGAACUGGUCGAGAAUUAUUUAAACCCCACAUUGGCCGCAAACCUUACAAUAGAAACCCAGUGUGCUUGUCAAUUGGAGAAUACCUUCACAGAAUGAAAAAUAAAUUUGAUAACAAGAUGAGGUGUAUAAAUGCAAGAAAAGACAUAACGAGGAAAGAUCAAACACGUGGCCGGUUUGUUGGACCGAAUUCUCAGAAGUUACUCGAGCGUCUGAAAGACCGUCGUUUCAAGCAAAUAUUUGCUUUUCUAGAUAAAGACAAGAACGGGUAUGUGGACCUCAUGACUGCCGAUGUCGAUCGCCUCAACCAGGACGUGAUAGGAGACAUCAACCGAGUGAAGAGGAUGAUCGGAUCCACUGACAACAAACUCGAUUUUGAUAGACUUGUUGAUCUGAUGCGAAAGAAUAAAUACCAAUUUGGCCAACAACUUCUUGGACCUAGGCACAAGGCGCACAACCUUGAUGUUAACUGCACGUUCCAGUUCAAGAUGGACCGGUUGUCUCGAAAUCUUGCGAAAACAAGGAGGAAAUACAGUACGCAUGAACAAUGGUGGGAAAUUAUGUUUGCCGAAUUCUUAGCCAGUGAACGUAAAGUAGCAUCAAUUAGGAAGGAAAGGCAGCAACAGGAGUUGUUGAACUGCCCUUUCAAGCCUUAUCUCACACCAUAUCGGCUCAAAAAGGCUCGCACCAGAGUGAAUAUUCUGUGCGGCAACGCUGCGAUUGAUGAGAAAGUAGGCACUCUCACAGAGAAGACACAAGAUGAAGUGCAGGGUUUUUACUUCCAGAAUGAACAAGGAGGGCCUGAGUUGUUGGGUAUGCCUACGCAAGGUGAACCAGUCAGUCCCGAGCCUGGCAUAAGCAGAGGUAGAGCUGAUGCAUCGAGAUCAGAUGUAGUAGCCCAAUUGGACGAUUUGCCAAAACUGAACACCUCAAAGGCAAAGGUCCUGAGGAUCUGA